GGAUGCUGUCGGGGUUGGGUGGUGUUCCACAUAAUAAACAGCACUGUGGUUUCCUGUGUUGUUUUAUUACUUUUAUUAAUAACUUAAUAAUGUGGUUAAAUGAAUCCGUAAACAGACUAGAGUGUGUAAUUGUGUUUAAUCAUUCGUAAAGCUUAGUGCAAAAUGUAAUAUUUUCCCAAUCCUCAUUUUAAUGAUCCCGGUGCCCGUGAAUAAUCCUUUUGCAACAGGGAUGGGCUUUACCUUUGUUUAUUUUGUUUUUGCUAUUUGCGGUAUAGUGGCACAAGAAACAACGACCGUAGCACCGAUUAAUAAUGUGGAAUUUCAACUUCAAAGUUUAGGACGUACAACUAAAAAUACUACCUCAGAAGUUCCAUCAAAACCUCGAGAUCUGACUGUAUUGGACUACAGUUCUAACAGCAUUCGUUUGAAAUGGACUAAUCCAGAGAAAAAGGGAAUUAUCGAUGGAUAUUUACUGUAUUACAUUCAUAAUAAUUUAACUGAAAAGUGGCCAGAGAAAAUAUUUUACAAUGAUUCCUUCAAUAUCUUCAAUUUAACUAGACUGAAACCCUUGACUGAAUAUAGAAUCUUUGUAAAAGCUAUUAAUCAGAAACAACAAGAAGGAUAUCCAUCAGAUCCUGUUAUAAUAACAACAGACAUCAAUGGUCCCAGUGCACCGAAAAUUUUGAAAUUAUCUUGUCAAGCUAAUGAUACCAUUCACAUUCACUGGCAAAAACCUUCUAGCUUUUACUAUUCUAUCGACUACUAUUACGUGUAUAUAAAUAAAGGAAAUACUAUUUAUGAUAAUAUCACCAUUACAACAAACAAGGACCAUUUAGAAACUACAUAUAAUUAUUCACGCGUCGAACCUAAUAACGAAUAUAAAGUCCAAAUCAGAGCUUCAACGAAAAGCAAUCACACCCAUCGACUGAUCUUAGGAGAAUUCUCAGCACCAUCUCGAGUAUACAUUUCAAAAGACUGUGAUAAGGUUGUUGAUUACAUGUCCAGUUCUAACAACGAACUCGGAGCCGGCGUUAUUGCUGGUGUACUUUCCGUUACACUAGCUAUUAUAGCGGCGGGAUUAGCCUAUUUAAUUUGGAGGAAAUGCUUCCGAGCGCCUUACUACUAUCUGGAUAACCCACAAUGUUCGGCUGCCGCUUUGGACUGGAACAUCACCCCCGAGCCUGCCGAAGCAGCCGAAUACACCGGACCAAUUCCCGUGAGCCAGUUCACGAGGCACGUGCAAGAACUGCACGCAGACGGGGACAUCGGCUUCAGCAAGGAAUACGAAGCUAUACAAAACGAUGCGGCUAAUGAAAUUAACAGUUCGGAACAUUCACAGCAUCCCGACAACAAACCCAAAAACAGAUACCUCAACAUCAUUGCUUACGAUCAUUCUCGCGUGCAUUUAUUGACCAUGAAGGGUGAGAAACUGUCUACAUACAUAAACGCUAACUACAUUGAUGGGUUUCAAAUGAGCCGGGCUUACAUUGGCACCCAAGGACCGUUGCCGUCGACUUUUGAUUGUUUUUGGAGAAUGGUUUGGGAACAAAGGGUUACCACGAUCGUAAUGAUUACCAAUUUGGUCGAAAGAGGAAGAAGGAAAUGUGAUAUGUAUUGGCCUAAAGAAGGAUCGGAAACCUACGGUGUAAUCCAAGUGACACUAGUCAAGGAAGAUAUUAUGGCUACUUAUACAGUGAGAACUUUGUCGAUUAGACAUCUUCGCGUUUCGAUUAAAACUAAAAAGAAUCCAAUACCGGAAAAAAUCGUAUACCAAUACCACUACACCAGCUGGCCCGACCACGGCACCCCCGAUCAUCCUCUUCCCGUGCUUCACUUCGUUCGAAAGUCAUCUCUAGCUAAUCCUCCCGACAGCGGACCGAUCGUAGUGCAUUGCAGCGCCGGCGUCGGUCGAACCGGCACUUACAUCGUUUUGGACGCCAUGCUGAGGCAGAUAAGGAGCAGAGGCGAGGUGAACAUCUUCGGAUUCCUGAAGCACAUCAGAGCCCAAAGGAACUUCCUGGUCCAAACCGAGGAGCAGUACAUCUUCAUCCACGACGCUUUGGUCGAAGCCAUCGAAUGCGGUGAGACGAACAUAUGUCGAGAGAACUUCCCCAGGUACGUUUCGAGCCUGCAGAACAAACGGAUCGACGAGGGCGACGAGCUGUGGAAACCGUUGGAUCAUCAAUAUAGAUUGGUUACGAGCUUCGUUUGUAAGGAUUUUCAAGUCGUGUCGGCCAACAAAACGGUGAAUCAACCUAAAAACAGGUGCCCGACGAUAAUACCGGUGGAAAGUUCGAGAGUUCACUUGACGCCCAAGCCCGGCGAAGAUGGAUCCGAUUACAUAAACGCCAGCUGGUUGCAGGGUUUCCACAAUCUGCGCGAAUUCAUCAUCACGCAGCAUCCGUUCAAAAGCACCGCGAACGAUUUUUGGCAAAUGGUCUGGGAUCACAGUUCACCUCUCGUUGUUAUGAUCAGCGUCAUCGAUGGUAUCGAUUACGAUGUAUUUUGGCCGGUCGGCGAUGAGAUUAUAACCACCAAUAAUUUCACCGUGAAACUGAUCGAAGAGAAACCUCUGUCGACUUUCACGCUCAGAGAGUUCGUAUUGAAGAGCGUACAAGACGAUUUCGAAAUACCCGUUAAAUUCAUAGAAUGCUUGAAUUGGCCCAAUCAGGCUACUUCUCUCAACGAUGUCUACCACCUGCCGAGUUGCGUGCUCGACAUGGAACUUCCCGCCGGACCCGUCGUAAUCGUCGACAAAUACGGUGGAACCGAAGCGGCGACCUUUUGCAUGUUAUCGACUCUAAAGAAGCAUUUGAUCUACGAUAACAACGUGGACGUUUACAUGUACGCGAAGCUGUACCACAACAAACGGCCGGGCAUUUGGAAUUCCCCCGAAGAUUACAUGAAGCUCCACCUGUGCUUGCAGUCGUUGUGCAAUCCGCCGGAGCCGAUGAUGCAGGAGGUUACCGUCGAUUUGCACGUCGUCGCCAACGGCACCGUCGGAAACGUCUUAGAGAACAACGAAUGUAUCGAGAAUGUCGCUGACAUCGAUAACGGUGGAUCGUCGAAAGAUUGCAUCUGCGUACCUCCCGAAGAAACCCCACUUGUACCAAUGAAUGUUUUGAAUAACAAGAUUUACUUGUAAGUGGAAUAUUUUCUAUAGAACUACUUCUUAUUAUAAUUUAUUAGAAAUCGAUUUAGUUCAUUUUAUAUUAUUUAUGAUAUCAUCAUUCGUUGAUUUUUCAUCCAGACCAUGGAAUUAUCGGAAAUUAUUUUUAGUAUUAGGGGUAAAGGAAGCUGCUUCAUUUUAUUUAUACACCUACACUCUAUAAUAUUAUUUCUGUGAUAAACGCAUUUAAAAUAUAGUGACAGAACUACAUACUCAUUACAAAAUUUCUGGUUCUGAUAGAAUUAUAAACAUUCCCAUAAACAUAAAUCAUUCCUCGAUUAUGUUUUAAUUGAAUUAUAGACAGCUACUGUAACUUGGCAGCUAUCCUUGGACACCCCUAUUAUAUUUUAUUUAUUUUCGGUGCUAUCAUAUAAAGUUGUAUAUAAUGUAGAUAAUUUUAAAUGAUGUAUUUUUCUCUCUUGUAUUCAGUCAUAUUGUAGGUGCAGUUAAUAAGGAUAUAUCAUUUAUAAUGACUAGACUAGCUAUAUAAGUGCAUAGUUUUUAGAUACUUUUUAGAAAACUCAUAUUGUAAUUUUGUGUAUUGCGCUUUGAAAGCAUUAUGGACUUUAUACCUCUUUUGAGGUAAUUUAUAUUCUCAAUUUUAAAUAGUAUGCCUUUGUAGUUGCUUCUUUAUAUUGAAACGGAAUAU